AUGUCAUUAACUGGUGAGGACCCGCUGCAGCAGAACCCCAUGAUGGGGCCGGGCUCGGCGACUGCCGAUCAGACGAGCAUUGUGUCUGGUGGCAAGCACGGCGGCAAGGCGACAGCAGCACGCGGCAAGGGAAAGGGCAAGGGCAAGGGUAAGCGUGGUGGCAAGACGGGUGGCAAGGCAGGAAAGCGUGACAAGAUGUCCCGCGCCGCCCGCGCGGAUCUCAACUUCCCCGUCGGUCGCAUCCACUCGCGCCUGAAGGAUGGGCUGAACCGCAAGCAGCGCUGCGGCGCCUCCGCCGCCAUUUACUGCGCCGCGCUGCUCGAGUACCUCACGUCGGAGGUCAUUGAGCUGGCGGGCGCGGCGGCGAAGACGCAGAAGACGGAGCGCAUCAAGCCGCGCCACCUGCUGCUGGCCAUCCGCGGUGACGAGGAGCUCAACCAGAUAGUGAACGCCACCAUCGCCCGUGGCGGCGUCGUGCCGUUCGUCCACAAGAGCCUCGAGAAGAAAAUCAUCAAGAAGUCCAAGCGGGCAUCGUGA